AUGGUGAGUCCCGCGCUCAAGCGGAACGCGGACCAUCUCCUCGGCCCCGCGGCCAACAGCAAGAAGCUCAAGGGUGGCAGCAUUACAUCUUUUUUCGGGUUGUCCCAGCCGAAAGCCCUGAGUACACAGGGAGCAGCUGCAGGAACAGGAACAGGCGCCGGUGCCGCGCCUCGGUCCAGCUCUUUCAAUAAGGAGAAAUGGGUCGCAUCCCUGACGCCGGAGCAGAAGGAGCUCUUGCAGCUGGAGAUUGAGACGUUAGAUGAGAGCUGGCUGGCGCACCUCAAGGAGGAAGUGGUGACGCCAGAGUUCCUGACCCUCAAGCGCUUCCUGAAGAAAGAGAAGGAAGGCAAGGCCAAGAUCUUCCCGCCUGAGGAGGACGUGUAUUCCUGGUCCCGCCACACCCCCUUGCACACCGUCAAAGUCGUCAUCAUCGGCCAAGACCCAUACCACAACGAUAACCAAGCGCAUGGGCUCUGCUUCUCCGUGCGCCCUCCUACACGCGCCCCGCCCUCCCUCGUCAACAUCUACAAGGGCAUCAAAAAGAGCUACCCAGACUUCGUGGCGCCGCCCAACAACGGCGGCCUACUGAUCCCCUGGGCGGAGCGGGGGGUGCUGAUGCUCAACACGUGUCUGACGGUGCGCGCGCACCAAGCUAACAGCCACUCGGGCAAGGGGUGGGAGCGGUUCACACAAAAGGCGAUUGACCUUGUUGCGCGGGUGCGAGGCAAUGGGGUGGUCUUUCUAGCGUGGGGGAAGCCGGCGGGGAUGCGAGUGGCGAAGAUCAAUAAGGCGAAGCAUUGCGUUCUGCAGUCGGUGCAUCCGAGUCCGUUGAGUGCGCAUGGUGGAUUUUUCGAGAACGGACAUUUCAAAAAGUGCAACGCUUGGCUUGCGGAGCGGUAUGGCGAGGAUGGGAUUAUUGAUUGGAGUCUCGCGCCGAGUAAAAAGGCUGUUGAGCCGGCCGGCAAGGAGAACUCGGCUCCUUUGGCCAACGUUUCAUCGUCGCCAGACAAGUGUGCUGAGAAGGCGGAGGAGGACUCGACAAAUCCGUCUCUUGUGGAAGAUGAGUUUGACGAUGACGAUGCUCUUGAAGCACUUGUGGCCGCGGAGAAAGAGGAGGCCGCUAAGGCAGUGUCGGGGGAUGCUGACCGCACCUCGCCGUGA